AUGGGGCUCUUCUUCAACACCUUCGUGGCUCUAUUUAGUGCUAUCGGCGCAUUCUUGUACGGAUAUGACAGUGGUAUCAUUGCGUCAGUGAAGGCAAUGAAUCAGUUCAACGCUCAUUUUCACGAACCAAGCAAUGCACUGUUGGGCGCCGUAGUGUCCACAUUCAACGGCGGCUGCUUCUUCGGAGCGGCUGGUGCUGCUUGGACAAAUGACAAGUGGGGUAGGAAAAGGACCAUACAAUUUGGUGCUGUUUGGGCACUCUGGGGUUGCGCUAUGCAGUCGGGCGCCAAUAACAUCACGACCCUGCUCAUUGGUCGAAUUGUGGCUGGUGUUGCAAUAGGAAUUCUGUCUAUGACCGUACCUCUUUACAACACGGAGAUCGCACCUUCAAAGCGAUGGCUCCUGGAAGUUGGACGAGAUGAAGAAGCGCGCCAAGUGGUCUACAAGCUACAUGGCGGGUCCACACCUGAAUCCAAGGAAUAUGCGGAUAAGGAAUAUGCAGAAAUGCACGAUCAGAUCAAGGCCGAUGCUCUCAUUCGGAGUCGUAGACUUAGCGAUUUAUGGGCCACACGACCAAUGUUGCGCCGAACUCUGAUUGCCGUAGGGGUGCAAAUCUUCGGACAAUUUACUGGUAUCAAUGUCAUCAAUUAUUUUGGACCGCAAAUGUACCAAGCACUUGGCUUGACGACGUCCCAAUCCUUGCUCGUCCAGGGAAUCUAUGGUGCUGUUGGACCAAUAGCCAACUUCUUCUUCAUCACCUGCAUUCUUGAUAGCGUUGGGCGUAAGAAGCCUCUCAUGUUUGGAGCUGCCUCGUUCGUCGUGACGUUCAGCAUCUUAGCGGCUCUCGUCGCGUCAUUCCCGCCUGAAUCGGAUCUCAACUUAUCUGCUCAGAAGGCUGCAAUUUCCAUGAUCUUCCUCACCAGUAUCAUAUUUUCCCUUAGCUUCGGGCCAGUAAGCUGGGUAUUGGCAUCGGAGGUCUUUCCGACGAAGACACGCUCCAUUGGUACAAGUGUGGCCACUUGUGCUAACUGGCUUUUCAACGUCCUGAUUUCUGAGACCUCGCCCAUCGGUCUUGCCAACGUGGGAUACAAAUUUUACAUACUCUUCGUUUGCUUGAACGCGGUAGAUUUUGUGAUCAUCACACUAUUUUUCCCAGAAACUAAAGGAAGAACGCUCGAGGAUAUGGACAUUGUUUUUGGAGACAAGGUUAACGCGCAACAAGUUCUAGAGGAACACGUUGAGACAAAGGCGGAGGAAAUUUUUGAACAUAACGAAAUUAAGUCACAGGCCUGAUCUUAGGCAAUCACUCGAGUGGAGUAGGAUGCGACGAUGAGAAACAACCACCUCCCCCAUCCCCGCUUUGCUUGUUAUUGUACUAGUCAGUUACAUAGUCUAUAAGGUGCAAC